GUCCCCCCCCCCCCCCCCCCCCCUGUUCGUAGCCAAGAGAAGAAGAAGCGGAAAUGGAGCAGUCCGGCGCAAAGAAGUCGAACAAGAUCACCGAGAUCGUGCGCAUGCAGCAGAUGCUCAAGAAGUGGCGCAAGCUCUCGGUCGCCCCCAAGCACCCCGGCUCGCCCACCGCCGGCUCCGGCGCCGAUGCCAACGGCGGCGGCAAUGCCGGCGAGAGCAAGGCCAAGAAGUUCCUGAAGCGGACCCUGUCCUUCACGGACAGCCCGCCCUCGGGCUCCCCGCCGCCGCCGCCCAAGGGCCACCUGGCGGUGUGCGUGGGCCCCGCGAUGCAGCGGUUCGUGAUCCCAAUGGAGUACCUCAAGCACCGCGCCUUCGCGGCGCUGCUGCGGGAGGCCGAGGAGGAGUUCGGGUUCCAGCAGGAGGGCGUGCUCCGCAUCCCCUGCGAGGUCCCCGUCUUCGAGACCAUCCUCAAGGCCGUCGAGAAGAACAAGAAGGACGCCGCCUUCUGCUACUGCAGCGUCGAGUACGCCGCCGACGAGGUCGGACGCGGCACGCCCAACAACCCGCUCUGCAGAUAGGUGGAGCCUAAUAACGAAGCAAAACAAAAGAAAAUGUUCUGUUUUUUCUUUUACAUUCUUCUUGUGUUUUGUAAGCGUGGUGUGGUGAGGGAUGAAUCGAUAGUAUCUCCCCCCGCGGAUUAGAGUUACUGCCAGAUUUUAUCUCUGUUGAGCUGAACCAUCAUGGAUGCAACUGGACUAUCGAAAGAUUGAUUGGAACGAAGGAUUUUUCUGUGUUCUGUUGAAAGGCAAUGAGUAGGAACUACCCCUAACUGAAAGAUUCGAUUUUUUUUUUGUCCUUUCAUCACCCUUGAUUUGCAGUAAUUGCCCUUUUAUCUUUAUGCAGUGCAUCACGGUUGUUUAUAGAGAAUCUUGACUAGUUGCGCAUACUGCAUUGUACUUGUACUUCAUCAGGACAUUUGUGUACUAUUAUAAUGAAAUGGUUGCAACUUAAGAAUUAA